AUGCCGCCCAGAUCAUCCCUCACCUCUUCCUUUUCCAUCACCGACGCCAACAAUGAAGUUGUCUGCCCCUUGAGAAACCAAGAUGGCUCCAGCUGUCGGAAGCGUUGCAUCGGAGAGAAACGGUAUCGCUCCAUGCAGGAGCAUAUCCGACGUGCCCACCCAGAGCAUUACAUAUCUAAGCUCCCAGCCACCGAGGAAAGCUUCAUGCUUAUGAUCAACACCCCGCCUAGUGAACGGCCACAGAGCCAGCACAACUCUGGUGCUGGUCCGCCCGGAUUGUCUAGCAGCCCUCCCGGAGGCCCCACUGCUAAUAUCGUCAACGGGUCGUCCAUCCACCAGAACAAGCCGUACCACCAAGAGAAUGGUGCACUGAAGCCAAAUGCGCAAGGCGUUCCCCGGAAUCCCGAUAACGAAUAUCCGCUCGGGUCCAUGCUGCACGCGGCAAGUGCUGCCGCCACAUUGGCACAGCUGCACAAUCACAAACUGGCGGAGCGCGAUUGGGACGAUGGCUGGCACUCUGAUAAUGAAAAGGGUAGAAUGUCCCGAGCAUCCAUCGAAUUGCCCCCAAUACACAUGGCCAAUCCAGAUGUAACAAGCGAGCCUUUUCCUGGCAUGAACCACAACCGUCCGCGCGAGCUUCUACCCUCAAUAUUAUCGACAUCUCCUCCUGGGCGAUCGUCCACGCUGCCUCCACUGCAGCGUCCGAUGGGACCCGCACGGCCGAGGAAGCAGUCUGUCUCCAAGCGCUCUCGCGAGGCACAUCACAAGAAGCAAAGGUCACGAGGAUCUGGCUCCGAUUGGUUGCGCAGAAUACAAAACGAGGCUUCAGCUCUCGACCGCCUACGCCCGGGUGGUCCCAUCAAGGCCAUGUCGGCCGAGCCGUCGGAGUUUGGCAAGCGUUGGGAAGAUCUCAUCGAUGCUGCUGCUUCGGCUACGGAAGACAUUGACGAAGACAGAACGCCUGUGCCACAGUCGCCCAUUUCCAUACAUCGUGCUUCUCUGCCACCCUUUCCUCAUCACACUUUCCAGCAUCAGCAGACCCAUGGCUACCAGGCGUCGCCGUUGCAGCAGGCCCUUACGCCCCCGUCAUACGCCCAGGAGGCGCCUGAACCGUUCCCGUCUGUGGAGAGCAACGAGAGUGGCGAUGUAUUCAACAUGGAUUCGCGCGGCUUGUCUGACUCAUCCCCGAACUACUCGUCCCAGAACCCACAGAUAUACUGCGCCGCCUGCGGUGGUAUCGCACAGCUCAAAGAGUCGUACGCUUGCACGGAGUGCCCAGAAGAAGCGGCUGUCGGUGGCGUUGUUGACGCGGCCAGAUGCCGGGUCGCUGCUCUCAAAGACCCAGUGGCUGUCGCCAGACUGCGGGUCAACCUCAUUCCACCAGCGAAGGCCGACGAGACGGCGGCCGGCAAUGUUCUUGAGGUAGUAGAAGUCGGCAGCCAACAGGAGAAUGGUGAUGAUGAAGACGAGAACCCUAGGGAUGCACUGUCAGAGGGGGGGAGUAUAACCAAACCGGCAACCGGACGAGGUCAUACUUGUUGGCCGUAA